CCAUGGGAGAAGUGCCCUGUGACCCGGGCGGAGGACAGUGUCUGUUAACAAACGUGUCCAAGUUGUAGUGAACAGGUGAGGGGAGGAAGGCAGUGUCUGCGGAAGAGCUGUGUGAGAACCCUUUCGUCCCGCCCCUCGCCCGUGAGAGGACUUGUUUGACCCGCUCCCGUGGGUCCACCCCUUCCACCGACCCCCGACAUUCCCGCCUCAGGGCCUGUGUGAAGAUGGUGAAGAGCGUCCGCCCCGGCGCGCCAGCCCGCGAAGCUCGCGGGCACGAGGCGGCCGGCCCCGUGCGCAUGCGCGCCGACCGGGGCGGGGGCGUGUCCCGCCACAAGCUGGAGGCGGGGCCUGGCCGGAGCGCCGCGCUCGCGGCCUGACGUCGUCGAACGCCGGCCCGUGACGUCACCCCGCCGUGACGCGUACGCAGUGGGAAAACUAUAAAGAUGAGUGUCAUACAUCAUCCAGUAUGGAAGUUUCAGAAGUUCGAAGACAUUUGCUAAGUGAAGUUACUUAAACCUGGCGUCUUCAGCAGUAAUUUCAGCCACUCUGCAUUUAAUGGAAGAAGACCGUCACCUGCUCAUUACAUGUCUAACUCACAAUAGUAGGUUUAUAUUCUUUAGAGUCAGUUUAUCAAAUGUAUUUGAAAGAUGAUUCACCAAGGCCCUUGGAGUAAUGCAAUCAAGAUAGAAGCGAGCCCUGCCUUUAUAGAGUUUUGAGUCUGUUGGAGAAGACAGAUAUUCAGUUACAUCAAUGUAAGGAUGAUCUGCAUCAGGAAAAGAGAACCAAAUUGUACGAGGGCAACAUAGCAUCUCAGGACUUCAGCUCAUCUGGUUUGUUUAUAUGGCGGAUUGCAUUGAUGGAUUUUGUAUAUUGAACCAUCCUUGCAUCCCUGGGAUGAAGCCUACUUGACCUUGGUGGAUGAUGUGUUUGAUGUGUCCUUGGAUUCGUUUUGAAAGUUACUGUUGAAGUCAUCUACAUCAUAAUGCAGAAUUCUUCAUUGGUACCAGCAAAAGAUCAAGGUGAAUCAAGCAUCCCUUCUGGAACAACACAGAGUGGGAAAAGUUUACAGAACAAGAGUCAGUUUAGGACCAUCGCACCCAAAAUUGUGCCUAACGUCCUAACGUCCAGCGUGCUAGCCUGUCCUUCCUCACUUCCUGACCAAGAGAGUCUGGCUCUAACCACCAAGCCUCUGGGUGUGCCCACUCAGAACUAUGCUCUGAUGCAGGUGGCCGGCCAGGAGGGCACAUUUUCUCUUGUUGCUUUGCCAAAUGUUGCCUCAGCUCAGCCAGUUCAGAAGCCCAGGAUGUCCCUACAUGAAAACCUUAAACUGCCGAUUCCUCGUUACCAGCCACUAAGUAGCAAAGAAUUCAGGAAGAAACAGGAUCUGGGCUCCCCCCAGAGUGGCUGCAGCAGACCUCCUGGCCCAGCCCAGAUGUUCCAGAUGUCCCCACACGCCCAUCCUGCACUGCCUCACAAACCCAGCCUGUUGAAGCAAUUGCUCACUUUUGACCCUUCCCCCACCCAUAUCAACACAGCUACACUGACAAGGGGUUUUGGCCGAGGAGAUUCCAAUCCUCUAGUGACGGAUAGCUGUGGAGAUCAGGAGCUUCCUGCCACCCCAUCAUCGACUCCAGAGGAGUCCUCUGACCGGCAGAGCCUGCCAGCGGUUAUGCAGAAGGCCAGGAAGGCGGUGCCCGCCAAGCCUGCCACCGCUGGCGAAGAACGCAGAGAGCAGACGGCCUCGGCACACACUGGCUGCAGCAGUACAGUGCCGCUGACCCCCAAGGGCAAACUGCCCAUCCUGCCCUUCUCAAGGGUAAGAACCGUGGAGGUAGGCAAAGUGGAGUCAGAUGCGGACACUACAGACGUCUCUACCUCCGGGUGUGGGGCACACUGUGAGGAGAGACUGUCUGUCACAGAGAGGUUCGAUGCAGCCACCAAGGUAGCCAGCAUGAUACCUACACUGCACGGGUCACAGCCGAGUGAGAGUGAGAGUGCCUUCUGCCCUGUCACCAAAGUAGAUCUGGGCCGCAAAGCAAAAGCCAGCAGUGGGUUAGCAAAGAGAAGAGGAAGGAAAUGGAAAGUGCCAGAUGAGAUUUUAGCACUGCAGGGUAAGAGGAGGAAAUGCAUGAUUAGUAUGUGUGAAGACAGUGUAGAAAGGGCGAGAACCAGUCCCCAGGAACCCAGAGACCAGAAGCCCAAGGCCGCUUCAAGAAAGUAUCGUCACAUCAUGCCCAAGCCUGUCCUCGUCCUGUCCACCCUGGCGCCCCUGGCAUCUCCCUCAGCUGUGCUGCAGGCCCAGGCUCCCAGCAGCCUAGGUCAGGAUGUGCUGGCCAACGCCCUGCCUCUGAAUGGCCUCGACCCCAGGCAGAGCCCUGCACCUAAGCCUAGCUCUGCGCUUAGAAGCGGCUUCUCUGCCAUUAAGAAGCCCUGGCACAUGUGUCCUGUCUGCAACCACCACUUCCAGUUCAAGCAUCACCUUCUGGACCACAUGAACAUACACACCAACAGACGGCCUUAUAGUUGUGGGAUCUGUCGCAAGACCUAUGUCCGUCCCGGCAGCCUAAGCGCACACAUGAAACUCCACCAUGCCGAGAACCGCCCCAAGAAGCUAGUGUGCUGUGAGUUUUGUGCCAAAGUAUUUGGUCAUGUCCCAGUCUAUUUCGGCCAUCUGAAGGAGGUGCACAGGGUUGUGAUCAGCACAGAGCCCUCCUCCAGUGAACUGCAGCCAGGAGACACACCAAAGAACAAGGACCGAGAUGCCGGUGUGCAAGGACCAGACGGCGCACUGGAGAGGGAAACCAAGUCAAGUUUGGAAGAAGAUUUCCUUCUAAACCAGGCAGAUGAAGUCAAAUUGCAAAUUAGAUGUGGCCGUUGUCAGAUCACUGCUCAGUCCUUUGCUGAAAUCAAGUUUCAUUUACUUCAUGUUCAUGGGGAGGAGAUUCAAGGCCGGCUUCAAGAGGUGAUCUUACCGGGCAGCAGGCCUAGCACUGCCCACCAGAAGCUGCACCCGGACAGAAGGAAGCAGGUGAUGCCCUGCGCCUCUGUGGAGGACUUCCCAGCAUUUCCCAAAGUGCGAAGACUGCCAGCCCCUCAUCAGCACAGAGAGGAGGUCCUGGCAGAGAGCGAGGGUGCCUGGUGGGGAAGGGGUGGCCCGCAGCACUCCACCACGCUCUUCUGGUCCCACUCCGGCUUCAACUGCCUGCUCUGUGCCCAGAUGCUGGGGCGGAAGGAGGACCUGCUUCUUCACUGGGUACACCAGCACAACUGCGAGGACCCCACCAGACUCUGGGCUCUCCUGGGGACAUUCUCCAACCAGGGCGCUCCCGAGCUCCCCAGUGAGGCAAGGCAGUGACCACCUCUCCAUCCCUCUCUUUCUGUUGGUGUUUAACCGUAAGGAUCCAGCGCUCCAGGGCCAACGCUAGUGGACAGAGGGAAUUUUUGUGCAUAGUUUUAUUUUCUUAAGAAAUAAAGUAUGUGCCCUGAUGCAGUUUUCUAACGUAUAUAGUCUCACUUUAAAAUGCUGUGCAUUCUCUAACAUCAUAGACUUAUUUAUAAUAAACAAAAAUAUCAAAAUUGGGAAAUUGAAA